GGUAUCUCCCGCUCUUCCCGCCACAAACGUUCGGCGACCGGUGCCCAGCGCGCCCACUACCGCAAGAAGCGAAAGUUCGAGCUCGGUCGUCAGGCCGCUAACACCAGGCUCGGCCCCAAGCGUGUCCACUCUGUCCGCGUUCGUGGUGGUAACCUCAAGUUCCGUGCCCUUCGUCUCGAUGCUGGCAACUUUGCUUGGGGAUCAGAACAUGUGACGAAGAAGACUCGUAUCAUCGGUGUCGUUUACAACGCAUCAAACAACGAGUUGGUCCGGACCAACACUCUCGUGAAGAGCGCCAUCAUCCAGGUCGAUGCUACGCCAUUCAGGCAGUGGUAUGAGGCUCACUACGCCCUCCCCGUGUCGAAGAAGCUUGCCAAGCAGGCCGGUGAGAAGGAGGAGACGGAGCCGAAAAAGCUGUCGAACCACGCACAGCGUCACCUUGAGGAGAGGAAGAAGGAGGCGAAGAUUGACCCUCUGCUCGAGAGCCAGUUCGGUGCUGGUCGUCUGUACGCCGUCGUCUCCAGCCGACCCGGCCAGUGCGGCCGUGCCGAUGGCUACAUCCUGGAGGGCAAGGAGCUCGAGUUCUACGUGAGGAAGCUCCGUAGCGGCAAGCAGAAGCACGCGCACGGCGCAUAA